ACAGAAGAAAACUUCUUGGAAGAGAGGAAAAAAGGAGCAAAAGAAAGAAAAAGGAAAGGAAAAAAAAGAGCUGUUGUUUGCCCCCCUUCUCCAGGUGCAGCCCCCCGUGCCAUGCGAGGGUAAAUGCUGGGGGCACAAUGUCCCGCCGCAAGCAGGGCAACCCUCAGCACCUAUCCCUGUCCCACAGGGAACCAGCGCAGCAUGACUCCACGCAUGACGUGGACACUGAUGGCCACUCUCCUGACUCCUCUCUGGUCAGCCCAGUGGCUGGUGCGGCCGGAGAGAGAGACUUGCUGACUUGCGGCCAGUGCCAGACCAACUUCCCCCUGGGAGAUAUCUUGGCCUUCAUUGAGCACAAGCGGAGGCUGUGCAGGGGCGCGGGCAGUUGCUAUGAGAAACCAGGUGAUAGGGGCAGUGGACCCUCGUCCCCCAGGCCACUGCGGGCCGGUCCCGUGGAGAUCGGUAUCCAGGUGACGCCGUUCGGGGAGGAGAACGAGGAGAAACGGCUGACACCUGCCAGAGGAAUCUGCCCCAAGCAGGAAAACGUCCCGACAGGAAAGGAUGAGCCGUCCAGUUACAUCUGCACCACAUGCAAGCAGACCUUCACCAGCGCCUGGUUCUUGCUGCAGCAUGCCCAGAACACCCACGGCAUCCGCAUCUACCUAGACAACCACCCGUCCAGCUGCUCCCUCACACCCCGCAUGGCCCUACCCCCGCCUUUGGGGGCAGACGCCUUGCCCCGCUCUCCUCUGGCCAGCUUCCUGGGCGACACCAGCAACCCAUUCCACUUGCUCCGCAUGGCUGCCCCUCUGCUGCGUGAGCCUCCGCCUCCUGGGUACAUGGAGACCCGCUUGCCGUCAACCCCACCUUUUGUGAGUCCUCCACCUCCACCUCGUCACCCUUUGGAACGUCUGGGCCCAGAAGAGAUGGGUCUUCUCUCCCAGCAUCCUAGCGCCUUUGAGCGGGUGAUGCGUCUGGCCCCUAUGCCCAUGGACCCUCCCUCCAUGGACUUCUCUCGCCGUCUCCGUGAGCUGGCUGGCAACAACAACAAUAGCGGCGGACCUACGCCACCUCUCUCACCCAAUCGUGUGCCCCCCAUGCACAGGCUCCUCAGCCCCACUCUCUUUCAGCCCGGCUCCAAGCCAGCUGCGUUCCUGAGCACUCCGCCCCAGCCGAUGCAGGCUCCUCCCAGGAGCAGCUCUUCGCCACCCUUGGGUCAAGGAGGCAAGAUUAAGUCCUGUGAGUUUUGUGGCAAGACCUUCAAAUUCCAGAGCAAUCUCAUAGUCCACCGGCGCAGCCACACUGGAGAAAGGCCCUACAAGUGUCACCUGUGUGACCACGCCUGCUCUCAGGCCAGCAAGCUGAAGCGGCACAUGAAGACCCAUAUGCACAAGUCUGCUUCCAUGGGCAGCUCGCCGGAGCAAGGCAGCCGAGACUCAACCGGAGAGGAGCCGAAGAGCAGAGACGGCAACGGCAUUGGGGAUGGGCCAGACAAUGAAGAGGAGGAUGAAGAGGAGGAAGAAGAAGAAGAGGAGGAAGAGGAGGAGGAAGAAGAGCAGCAGAAUGGUAGCAGCAGGCCCGACUCUAAUCUCAGUAUGGACUCCGAGUUCAGCAGGAACAGAGAGAACGAUUCUCGGCCCUCGCCGAAUGAGAAACCACUCUCUGCCGAGAGAGUGACAGAAAGCCAAUACAACAACCUUGACAAUCACCUGAGACUUCCUCUGGGCACCAGGCCACGGGAAGAGACUGGCACAGCAGACCCAAUGACCAGAGAAGCAGGCGCGGGAGGCCGACCCAUGGUGAAUGGCAGGGGCUGUGGCCCAGAAGACUCCAUCCCUGGUUUGUUCCAGCAUAAACCCAUGCCGAUCUCCAGCCCUAGCCUCUCCGGCUCCUCGGCUAAGAGGAUCAAGGUGGAGAAGGACCUGGAGCUGCCACCCAUGCCCCUCAUCUCUUCGGAAAACGUGUACUCUCAGCUGCUGGCUGGCUAUGCUGCCUCGCGCCACUUCAUCAGGGAACCUUUCCUUGGUUUCGGCGAUUCCAGACAGUCGCCCUUUGGGACUUCUUCUGAGCACUCCUCCUCAGAGACAGGAAGCCUGCGAUUUUCCACUCCCCCAGGAGAGCUUCUGGAAGGUGGAGCCUUGUCUGGCCGGAGUGGCAGCAGCACACCCCACCUCCAUGUGCGGGGCCCAGGUCCCGGGAGGCCCCCCAGUUCCAAGGAGAGCCGAAGGAGUGACACAUGCGAAUUCUGUGGCAAGGUGUUCAAAAACUGCAGCAACUUGACGGUGCAUCGGCGCAGCCACACGGGAGAGAGGCCCUACAAGUGUGACCUGUGCAGCUACGCCUGCGCCCAAAGCAGCAAGCUCACCCGCCACAUGAAGACCCAUGGGCAGUUUGGGAAGGAGGUGUAUCGCUGCGACAUCUGUCAUAUGCCCUUCAGCGUGUACAGCACCCUGGAAAAACACAUGAAGAAGUGGCACGGGGAACACUUGAUGAGCAAUGAGGUCAAACUUGAGCAGGCCGACCGAGCCUGAGGCUAGGUGCACUAAAGCACACUCUUUCAGACUGAUACAAUGGGUUUAGCUGGAUAAUCUUUUGGAUAAAUCUGACUAUAGAUUUUUUCGUUUAUGGAAUGAUUUGAUGUUUUUUUGUUUUUAGUUUUUGUUUUGUGUUUUUUUUUCUAGUGAAACAAACUGCCACCUGAGAAAUAGAAACAUUAGUAAAUGUUUGUGGAUGAAUUUCAAAAAGCCCUGCUGGCAUUCCCAGCGACCAACAGAGGAGUUGUCCAUUAAGAAUCCAUGGAGCCUUUCUACUGUGCAAUAAUUUCUGUAUUUAUUGGAUUAUUUCGUAAUGAUACAUGGCAUGUGCAGGUACAUUAUCAAGGGGUUUUUAAUACAUUCCUUUGUUAGAAUUUUAUUUUUCGGAUGCCAUUUUAUUAGAUAUGACAGAUACUGAGAUUUUGGCAUUCAGCCACCUUUAUGUUUGAGCAAUUUCCUAAAUGGGAAAAAAAACUUAUUCUGCUAAAUUCUGAGGAAGAGGUCAACUUCUAAAAAUCAGAGAGGGUUUUUUUGUGUACUACUGUUGUUUGCAGUCCCACCAGACUCGAGUGACAUUUUUAAAGAGUAAAGCACUGAAUGUCAACUAGACAAUAAAUAUUAAACUAAUUUGAGUGAUAUGGAAGAUCAGGGAUGUCUCAGGCAGCUGGAGGACAGUUUGACUGCAUUUUAAUGAUUCCUUUUUGAUGACCAUCAAGCUUAUAUGACUUUUUAUUUUUUAAGCAACAAAAAUAUUUCUUUCUGACCACAGUACAUUCCUUUAGACAGUGUUUUAUCUCUAUCUCCGAAGGCUGGUAAUGUGAUACGGCCUAUGUCUUACUUUUAAUGAGCUAAAUGUUUACAUUACCACAAACUAACCUCCAUACACAGUUUUCACAGCAACCAUGGAGUGUAUAUUUUCAUGAGUUAAUGAGGUUUUUGCUUCGGUAAACAUACUCACACGUUUACUGUAGGCUGAUUGACUUAAGACGUCUGGCUGGUAGAAGUUGCGAGACGUUCUAGGACUCCAUAUUGAAAACUAAUUUGAACAAAACAUCAGCCAGGACCGUUCAGUUGUCUAGUCUCACAGUAUUAUACAUUUGAUAUUGACAAAAUUGUCAUGAACGGGGCACUUAGGACCAGAGCAUUAUGGAAUUAAAUGAUUUGAUCCAUUCCUUUGCUGUUCUCCACACUUCAACUCAGAGUGUUGCUGCAGCCUGAACACAUUCCCGUUCACUCUUCCCAAAGCAUCUCAGCCUGCUGCUCAUUUUAUGGUUUUAUUUUUAGUACUGUGUUUAUCCCACGUUAAUCUUACAAUCAGCACUUGAAAAAAAAUGCUGGGUUUUGUUGACUGUUUACUUUUUUUUUGUUUGGAUUUUUCUUGGUUUCAACCAAAUUAUUGCCAUAUAAGUUUAGAGAAUUUAGAGAAAACAUGAUGGAUGAUUCCCGAAUUCAAAAUUUUCUCUGUAAGUAUAGUUUAUACCACACUUAGUUUGUCUCUUAGUUCAUUGUCCUCCAGAUACAACUUUGUAUAUCUUUUGAAUAGCGUGAGGAAAAAAGCCGUGGCUGUAACUUGAAUGACAGUGACAGAUUUAAAUGAAAAAGAGAUGCAAAAGGGGUUUUAGUCAAAGAGGGCAUGCCAAAUUCAAGUGCCAUUCCUGAUACCCCUGUCCUGUAGUGUUUACUACCAAUCAAUCUGACAUGCACACAGUGCGUAUUCUCUGAUGCAACUAAGAUUCCCGCAACACGGUGAAAAUCACAUUCCUAGCAAAUGCGGCCAAUCCGGUACCAGAUUCACAUUUGUAAAACAAAAUCCAUUUAAAUGACAAGAUAUCACUUUAGGUUAAAUAAAGAGGUUAAAUAUUUAUGCAUUUGAUGUGUGUAGUAUGUGUGAUACCUUUCAAAAUAAGACGUAACGCACAGGUUUGUUUUCCACCACCAAGAUGACCAAGCUGUCUCGUCACUGAUACGUUGCAGCUGGACUCUCGCCAGUAGCAACUGAAGAAAAUUGACAAUGGGAAAAGAGAAAAAAAUGACACUCUGUCUUUAAAUAAUGUUUACAGUGUUGAAGUACAAGGAUAAAUGAAUUCCUGUGUAAAUGUGUUUUAAAAGAGAAAGAAAUGUUCUCUCAUUUUUUAACCACUUUGUUCUGAAUGCCAUAGCAGGGUUUUGUUUGUUUGUUUAUUUUUGUUUUGUUCAUUUUUUUGGUGCAGGGUUUUUUUUUUUCUUUUUUUUUCCCAUAGAUUUCAAUGAAUAUACACCUAUAUGUUUUGUUUUGUUCUGUUAAAUACACAGUGUAUUUGUAUACCAGUGACAUUUUAUGAAAUGAUGCAAAAAAUCUUUAUAUUUUGCAGUCCAUUAUAAAAUUGUGAGUCUAUCCAAAUGUUUUUUGUCUCUAUAUCUGUUCAUAAUUUUGGUAAUCGAUCCUCACAAGGAUGUAAAAAAAAAAGGAAAUAAAAAUGAAUGAAAAUUCAGCGUGUUUGGUGAAUUGAUGUAAAAAAAAUUAUUAGGGGAGUAAAAUAAUCUUUAUUGUUGAGAAAUAUUUUUUUAAAGCACUGAAUUGUCCAAUGCAGGCAAAUGUUAUUCAUGACAGGUAUUAUACUGUUGCUUGCAGAAUGGAUGAAGAGGCUUUAAAGGCUCAAAUAAAUCUCACCCAGUUUUCAUUACCACCACAGAAGCGUAUGGAAACCUCAGACAGGGCUUCUUAGUUCAUGACCCCUGACCUAAGGAGCUCACUAAUUUGUGAAACCUUUCUUUAUGUUGCACCUGCCCGUCCCCCUUUCCCUCUGAGAGAUGCUCCAAA